ACGGCAUUCACGGAAUUACAAAUUGGCAAUCUCACAGUGAUAGUAAGUACAGGCUGACUAUACAUUCAUUGAAUAUAACUGCCGGCUUGCCCCUGUCAUUGGAGUCGAUCCUCAAGGUCAAAGCCUCUCUCUCUCCAGGUCAUCCAAGGUCGAGGACUUCCUUCGUUUGUGGUUCCAUUCUUUUCGCCAAUUCCCCCGUAUAUACUGCCGGUAUACGCUCGGCAGUAUAUGACAAACAACCUCACCAUGGACUCAUCAUCGACGGCUACCUCGACCGACCUCGAGCAGCAGGAUGGCGGCCUCCGCAAGCGUCUCACCCUCACCUUCCGUGACUUGACGGUCAACGUCACCGCCCCUGAUGCGGCGCUGGGUGAUACCUUGUGGUCAGAGAUCGAUCCUCGACAAGUGACCGGAUGGUUUCGGCGCAAUGAGCGUCCGAAGAGGACUAUCCUGAACAAGAUCAAUGGCCAGGUUAAACCAGGUGAAAUGUUGCUCGUCCUCGGGCGUCCCGGCUCAGGCUGUACAUCCCUCCUGCGUGUUCUCUCCAACGACCGGGCCACCUUCGACCAGAUCACCGGCGAAACUCACUAUGGUAGCAUGGACCACGUUGAGGCACGGCGUUUCCGCCAACAAAUCAUGUUCAACAACGAAGAUGACAUUCAUUUCCCCACGCUCACGGUCAAUCGCACAAUGAAGUUCGCCUUGAGGAACAAGGUCCCGCGAGAACGGCCAGAGCACCUGCCCGGCAAGGAGGAGUUUGUGCAGGAGCACCGGAACGGCAUCCUCGAGGCUCUCGGCAUCGGCCACACCAAGAAGACCCUCGUGGGCAACGAGUUCAUCCGUGGUGUCUCGGGCGGAGAGCGCAAGCGUGUCUCUCUCGCCGAGAUGAUGGCUGGCCAGAGCCCCGUCCAGUUCUGGGACAACCCAACCCGCGGUCUCGACUCGAAGACGGCGGUGGAGUUUGCUCGGCUGUUGCGUCGUGAGGCUGACCGCCACGACAAGACGAUCGUGGCCACCAUGUACCAGGCUGGCAACGGCAUCUACGACGAGUUCGAUAAGAUCCUGGUGCUGGCAGACGGCCGCGUCACCUACUAUGGCCCCCGCACCCGUGCGCGCCAGUACUUUGAAGACAUGGGCUUUGACUGUCCCAAGGGCGCCAACAUUGCCGAUUUCUUGACCUCCGUCACCGUCACCACCGAGCGUAUCGUUCGUCCGGACAUGGCUGCGCAGGUGCCCAACACCCCCGAGGAAUUCGAGCGGCGGUUCCUCCAGAGCAAUAUCAACAAGGAGGUGCUUGAGUCUCUCACCCCGCCCGAGAAGCUUACCUAUGAGGUCGACGAUAUGGAGAUGGCGGUGGCGAGCGAGAAGAGAGAACAUCAUGUUCCGCGCCCGAAAAGCGUGUACACUGCUGGUCUUGUGGACCAGGUCCGUUCCUGCACACUCAGACAGUUCCAGAUCAUGUGGGGUGACAAGCUGUCGCUCAUGAUCAAAGUCGCCUCGGCCAUCAUCCAGGCGCUCGUGUGUGGCAGUCUGUUCUAUAAUCUGGCCGACGACAGUACCUCCGUCUUCCUCCGACCCGGUGCUCUCUUCUUCCCCGUCCUCUACUUCCUUCUCGAGUCCAUGUCUGAAACCACGGCUUCCUUCAUGGGUCGUCCGAUCCUGGCCCGUCAGAAACGAUUUGGAUUCUACCGCCCGACAGCGUUCUGUAUCGCAAAUGCAAUCACCGAUAUCCCCAUCGUCCUCAUCCAGGUCACUUGCUUCUCGCUGAUCCUCUAUUUCAUGGCCGGCCUGCAGCAAAAUGCAGGAAAGUUCUUCACCUUCUGGAUAGUCGUCAACGCCCAGACCCUGUGUUUCAUCCAGAUGUUCCGCACCAUCGGUGCGCUCUGUGGCAAGUUUGGCAAUGCUUCCAAGAUUACCGGGUUGCUUUCCACGAUCUUUUUUGUGUAUGGCGGAUACCUGAUUCCCUUCCACAAGAUGCAUGUGUGGUUCCGGUGGAUCUUCUAUCUCAACCCAGGAGCGUAUUCCUUCGAGUCACUUAUGGCAAACGAGUUCGUCGGCCUGAAGCUCCAGUGCGUCUCACCGGAUUAUAUCCCCUAUGGCACUGGGUAUUCCGAUGAGUCGUCUCAGUAUAGAGGCUGCACUGUCGUCGGAAGUGAUGCGAACGGCGUCAUCGAUGGCGCCACUUACAUCCAUGAGCAGUUCAACUACUCCGCCCAUCACAUCUGGCGUGGGUUUGGCGUCAUCAUCGGUUUCUGGAUCUUUUUCAUCUUUCUGACUGCGCUCGGUUUCGAACUGCGUAACAACCAGGCUGGAUCGUCGGUCCUCCUGUACAAGCGUGGCGGUGAACGCAAGAAGAUCACGGAUGCCGAAAACACGGGAAAUGCGCAGCAGGGAGAGGUCGAUCCCGGGUUCCUGUCCCAAUCGGCAAAGCCGUCCACUUUCACCUGGAAGAACUUGGACUAUCAUGUUCCUUUCCAUGGCCAGAAGAAGCAGUUGCUCGACAAAGUGUUCGGUUAUGUCAAGCCAGGGAAUUUGGUUGCACUCAUGGGAAGCUCGGGAGCAGGAAAGACCACGCUACUGGAUGUACUGGCUCAACGGAAAGACAGCGGUGAGAUCUUCGGAUCGAUCCUGAUCGAUGGCCGGCCUCAAGGCAUCAGCUUCCAGCGAACGACCGGAUACUGCGAGCAGAUGGAUGUACACGAAGCGACGGCGACUGUCAAAGAAGCUCUGGUCUUUUCUGCGGUGCUGCGUCAGCCGUCGACUGUUCCAUAUGAAGAGAAGAUCGCUUACGUGGAACAAAUCAUCGAUCUGCUGGAGCUGCGCGACAUCUGUGACGCUCUUAUCGGCGUCCCUGGAGCUGGCCUUAGUAUCGAACAGCGCAAGCGAGUGACUCUGGGCGUCGAGCUGGUCGCAAAGCCAACCUUGCUGUUUCUGGACGAGCCGACCUCGGGUUUGGAUGGCCAAUCUGCAUACAACAUCAUUCGCUUCUUGCGGAAGCUGGUCGACGGCGGACAGGCCGUUCUGUGUACUAUUCACCAGCCUUCGGCCGUCUUGUUCGACGCAUUUGACUCGCUUCUUCUCCUUGCCAAGGGCGGAAAGAUGACCUACUUCGGAGAGACUGGCCAGGAUUCAACUAUUGUUCUCGACUAUUUCGCCCGCAACGGUGCUCCGUGCCCGCCUGACGCAAACCCCGCAGAGCAUAUCGUCGAAGUCGUCCAGGGAAAUACCACCGAGAAGACCGAUUGGGUCGAGGUCUGGAAUCAGUCUCCUGAGCGCGAGCAGGCCUUAACCCAGCUGGCUGAGCUGGACGAGGCUGGAAAAGCCGAUCCGGAUUAUGUCGAAGACACAGCGGACUUCGCCACAUCCCAUUGGUUCCAGUUCAAGACCGUUCUGUAUCGCCUGAUGACCCAAUUGUGGCGCUCGCCGGACUACGUCUGGAACAAGAUCAUCCUCCAUGUCUUUGCGGCACUGUUCAGUGGAUUCACCUUUUGGAAGAUCGGAGACGGCACCUUCGCCCUGCAGCUGCGUCUCUUUGCCAUCUUCAAUUUCAUCUUCGUGGCACCAGGAUGUAUCAACCAGAUGCAGCCGUUUUUCCUUCAUAACCGCGACAUCUUCGAAACCCGUGAAAAGAAGUCCAAGACAUACCACUGGAUCGCCUUCAUUGCCGCCCAGAUGGUUUCAGAGAUCCCUUACCUCAUCAUCUGCGCCACGAUCUAUUUCCUGUGCUGGUACUUCACGGCUGGCUUCCCGGCCACGCCUUCAAUCUCCGGCCACAUGUAUCUGCAGAUGAUCUUUUACGAGUUCCUUUACACCUCGAUUGGACAGGCGAUCGCUGCUUACGCCCCGAAUGAAUACUUUGCUGCAAUCAUGAACCCCGUCCUGAUCGGCGCGGGUAUGAUCAGUUUCUGCGGUAUUGUCGUCCCGUAUUCGUCCAUGCAACCCUUCUGGCGCUACUGGCUGUCUUACCUGGACCCCUUCACCUAUCUCGUCGGCGGCCUAUUGGGCGAAGUCCUGUGGGAGGUCAAGGUCGAGUGCCAGUCCUCGGAGUGGGUGCAGUUCGACGCGCCGUCCGGCCAGACAUGCGGAGAGUACAUGGCCAACUUCCUCGCCGAACAGGCAGGUUACCUGCUCGACUCCAAUGCCACCUCUUGUAACUUCUGUCAGUACUCGACGGGCGCGGAUUAUGCCAAGACCUUCAACCUGAAAGAGAAAUAUUAUCCGUGGAGAGAUGUAUGUAUACCUGGAUUCCCCUAUUGUGAAAUGAUCAGCGUUGCUAACAGAUCCUUCUCUCUGCUCACAGACUGGCAUCACCGCCCUUUUCUGCAUCUCCUCGUACGGUCUGGUCUUCCUGAUGAUGAAAUUGCGCAGCAAGAAGACCAAGAGCGCCCGCUCGGAGUGAACGGUGCCAGCAACCCAACGACCGAUUCUUACCUGCCUCUUUUUUCACCCAAUAUAGAGACAAGGCUGACACUGUGGGCCUUUGGCUUACUCGCUGUCAUCCCUUGGCUUCCUUUCUUUCGCUAAUACUUCGUUCCGGCGUUUCGUGGGGCCUGGGCCUUCUACCCAAGCCUUGCAAGAGUUGUCAAAAGCGUCAGGAGCAGGUGGAGGAGGUUGGCGCCUUCCCAAAAGAGGCGGCGGAGAUCACGGGCCACGCUAACCCUAACGGGGUAGCUGCUAUCACUAGCUGGAGCCCCUCAACCUCCCUACGCCAACUCUUUCUCCUACCAACCGCUUCUCUCGGAAGACUUGAG